AUGGAAACGGUUACCGUGGCAGAUUUCCUCCGGGAUCCAUUUGAUGUUCUUAUCGUUGGUGGUGGCACUGCGGGCUUAGUCCUCGCUGCGCGCUUGUCUGAGGAUCCACGCAUUCGAGUCGGCGUGAUGGAGGCAGGCCUCUCGCGCAUAGGCGAUCCAAACGUUGAUCUACCAGCAAGAGCAGCAAUGAUGAUAAGUUAUCCAGAAUACGAUUGGAACUUUAAAAGUGUUCCGCAGAACGGCAGCCAUCUGGGGUUUUAUAGAACUCUAUCUACAACUAACCAAGUAGAGAAGCCAAUUCGAAGCUACGCAGCCAGUGGAUAUUUGGCACCGAUCUCUGGGCGGGAAAAUUCCAUAGUUCUGACAAACGCCCUCGCCCGUAGAAUCAUAUUAGAGAGUGGCUCUGAUGGGUUCCUUUUCGCAAAAGAUGUUGAGUUUCAGCAUGAGGGAGUCUUCUACUCGGCUUUCGCAAGAAAGGAAGUCAUCCUCAGUGCUGGAUCCAUACAAAGUCCCCAGCUCCUCAAACUUUCCGGCAUCGGAGAUCCCAAGGUUCUUGAAGAGGUGCACAUUCCUUGCUUAGUACCUAACCCUCAUGUCGGCAACAAUCUUCAAGAGCACACUAUGUCUGCUGUUGCGUAUGAACUAGCUCCCGAUAUCCUUUCACUUGACUCAUUAUUUCGAGACCCAGAUUUGAUGGCAGAACAUCAGAAACUCUACACGGAAUCGCAUUCUGGGGUAUUUUCUGGAGCCGUCAGUCUCACCGGUUACAUUCCAUAUUCGUCACAAGUAGACAAGACAGAAUUUGAAGAAACGAUUUCCAACAUCUUGUCUAGUUCUCAUGCGAAUACUCGGUCACCGCUUCAAGACCCCAUCUCCCAGAAGAAACAGCAAGAGGCCAUCGUCGCACGUAUGCGCAGCCCCAAAGCCGUGGAUCUCCUUCUGUUUUGUUCGCCAGCGAAUUUCAAUAUCGGGAGAGGUCACUUCGAUUGCAGUAAACUGAUGUCUGGUGCCCCUGACGGUCACAACGCCUGUUACUCGGUCACAGCCAGCAACAUGUACCCUAUCUCUCGCGGCAGCGUACAUAUUCCAUCACACGACAUCCUGGAUACCCCCUUAAUCGAUCCAGAAUUCCUUUCCCACCCAGCCGACGUUGACAUGCUGGCUACUGAAGUCAAAUUUGCCGACCAAGUUUUCCCAUCACCUCUUCUCAAAGACAAGGUUGCGAGGCGAGUUGAACCCCCUGCUGAAGUCGAUCUUCGCAAUCGAAACCAGGCGAGAGACUAUGUUCGUGAUCGCAUUGUGACAUGUCAUCAUGCCUUGGGAACCUGUGCCAUGGGUCAGGUUGUGGACGGACGGCUGAGGGUGAAGGGGGUGGGUAGGCUUCGCGUGGGUGACGCCAGUGUCUUUCCCAUGCAGAUCAGUGCUGCAAUUAUGGCGACGGUGUAUGCAGUUGCUGAGAAAGCGACAGUUAUGAUCAAGGAGGACCUUGGAUCAGCGAGAGAAAAAUUUAUCAGCACAAGGGAGUUGCAUAAUAAAACCUGA